UUCAAACUUUGAAGUUCAUCCACUAACAACAAAAAUUUCAUUCAUAUCAUCUUCAUCAUUUUCUUCAAACAAACACGUUCCAUUGCAUCAAAUGGUACGUCUGAUUCCUCAACAUCGCAGAGACCAAUUUGGGUCAUUGCCAUUAGCAAUUGGCUUGUUCUUCUCGGUUAUGGCUCUUGUAGCUUUAUUAUGUGCCAAGCAUUCACGCCGUGCUCGAAAAGAUUACGAAGACGAUGAUGAAAGUAAUGAGUCAUUUAUGCCUAAGAAGUCGUCACCCUUAAAGUCACCAUCCAUGAAGCCCGUGAAAUCAAUUAGCAACAAGGCAAACCAAUUCAUAACAAAUUCGCCAAAGUCACCACCAUUGUUGUCAUCCAAGAAAAUCGUGACAAUUAUUAGUAACAAGGCAAAUACAUUCAUGUACAAGAAAAAAGGUGGUGGUCAUGAUUUUAGAGAUGAUGAAGGUGAAGGUGAAGGUGGGUUGUGGCAGAAAUCAAUCUUGAUGGGCGAUAAAUGCCGGCCACCGGCGUUUUCAGGAGUCAUUCAUUAUGAUAGUUUUGGGAAUAUGCUUUCGGAGCCACCACCAAGGUCACCUAGGGUCGGUCCCUUUCAAACUGUGUUUAUGCCGGAGAUUAAAAAUGCAAACUAGUGGGAGUGACACUUGCAUAUAUACGUACAUGUACACAUUAAUUUGAUUAAUGCAUAUUGAACACCAUUACUUUCU